CGAACGCUCUCAUUUUGGUAGAGCCGAAACCCAAAACGCAGAACAGAAGCAAAGCGAAAAAAAAAAAAGAAGAGCGAGAGAGCCCCUAAAACGCAGCGUUUUAGACCUCUGAAAUGGCGACGAGUAAGAGCUACUACGCUAGGCCGAACUACCGGUACCUCUCCAGCGACCACCACCACCCAACCCUAGCGCCCGACUCCGCAUUCGAACUCGACGAGUCAGACAUCUACAACUUCGCCAGGUCCAACUCGCCCGAGUUCCGCAAACCGGUCCCGAGCUCCCGUGUCGUCUCGGCGUCCAAGAACCGGCGAUCUGAGGCCGCCGACCGGUCGGACCGUACCGGCGGCACGGCGGCGUCGCUGCCGGUCGGCAUUCCGGACUGGUCCAAGAUCUUGAGGGACGAGUACCGAGAAAACCGGAAGAGCGAUGACGAUGACGACGGCGACGAUGACGUGGACGGCGGCGUGCGGGUCCCGCCACACGAGUUCUUGGCGAGGCAGAUGGCGAGAACGAGAAUCGCGUCGUUCUCGGUGCACGAAGGCGUGGGGAGGACCUUGAAAGGGAGGGAUCUCAGCCGGGUCCGAAAUGCAAUUUGGGAGAAAACCGGGUUCGAAGAUUAGACGGAUUUUAUUUUUCGAAAACAAGAAAUACAGAGAAGAGAAGUUAGUAAAUUCUUGGUGAGGAGAAACGGAGCAAGUUGGUGUUAAGAAAUAGAAAGUAAAUGAUUGGUGGGUGUUUUUAAGUGUUUGAUUGAUGUGGGUGGGGUUGGUACGAAAAUGAAAAGCAAGAUGGUGAUAACGACCCCCUCUAUUGAAAAAAUAAUGCACAUAAAUACAAAGUCUCAAAUCUACCACUUUUUCC